UCACCCUUUGCACGUACUAAACAAAAGCAAGCUGCAUUGAUACCGACAUCGAGCGGCUGGCGAGGAAAUGAAGAGAAGCGCUAAUUUCAUGGAUUGGCAUCCUGCGUUUGCAUGCCAGAAAAGAAUGAUGUGUACUUGUUUACAGUUCGCUCUUUUGUUAAUAGCAUGCUCUAUUCCCGAGAGUUACUGCUUCCAUCAAUUCUCGUAUCGAAAGAUUUUGAUGCCACUUUUUGUGCAUAACAGUCGGAGAGACUUUGUUUUGAAGAGCCCGCCCGUUGCAAUCGGAACCCUUUGGUUGACGAACGCGCCAUCUCCCGCAAAUGCUAUGAUCAACUUUCCAGAUUUGUCAAAAACCAUGACUGCGCAAGGCCCUGUAAACAGGAGGGUCGGGGGGCUGGCAUCAAAAAUUCGAAACAUUGGCAGUGUCAUGGACGAACUCCAGCGCGAUUUAAUGCAAGAGCGCUGGGAUCUUGUUGAAUCAUAUCCGGCUCAACUUCGAUCGUUUGUCCCAGUAUUUACCACGUACACGGACUCUGCUUUUCCGUCGGAUGCACCAACCGACAAAGGACUUCGAGUUGCUCUCAGAUAUGAGGUCGGUCGUUUCUUUGCCUCUGUGGAACGCUUCAAACAAGCCGCUUCUCGCCAGGCGUUAGAUGAGGCGUACCUCGCGUACUCGGAAAUGGCUUUACAUUUUGAUCGAUACUUACGGGUAGGUGGACUCUAUACAUACUAUGACGACAGUAUCUCCACUGAACCAUACUUUCAAGGCAUUGCUGAUGAUGCAUUAGUAUACUCUGAUCCUAAAACAGACCCCCCUUUUGUCCGGGACUUGGUAAUCUUGGUUCGUGGUCCCGAGAAAGGGAAAACUGGAAUCAUUAUUGGAAUGUAUUCGGAUGGUACAAAUAAAUCUGUCAUCAAACUUGAUCGGUACAAAGGAAUGAGGGAAAUCCGCGUUGUAGCAAACGACUGGGUUGCUAAGCGGCUUGGUGAGCAAGACCCCGACGACGUAUUUCUGAUUCCCCGAAAGGCAUAGACGAGUGUGCUGCAUAGUAGCGUUUUUGAUAUUAUAGAUUCUUCCAGAAAAAUUCGC